AUGAGAUCCAUCGCAAGUGUCUUUCGUUCGUUUCCUAUGAAGAAUUUUAAAUCUCCACUUGUUCUUUUCGUUUUCGCGGUUGUUUUUUCUGGAGUUUUGGUGUCAAUACACUACACUACGAGUCUAUUCUAUCAGAAUGGCCGGAGAAAUCUUGCUCGACAUCAAAACACAAAUUUAAAUGUAAAUCCAAAUUGUAAUUGUAAAUCGGAAAAAUCAGGAAGAGUCUAUGAUUUCUGUUAUACGGAUCCACAAAAUUAUUCUUCGGUCGGGAUGAAAUUUGAUUGUGUUCAUGUUGACACUCUGGAAAGAUUAGGAAUUCUGAACUAUCGCGAACCCCUUCCAACUGUCUCUGAACUGAUCAAAAACGAAGAAGAAACAGUUUUCGUCUCGACAUCAUCCGACGAUCACUAUCAGCACAGUUCGAAGUCUUAUGAAAGCGUCCGGAAGUACUAUCCCAAUCACAAAUAUAUUCUAUACGGUCUUCAUAUGUCACCUGAUUACAUCAAACUACUCCCUAAAGAUACUAAUUUCGAAUUCCGACAAUUCAAUACUGCUCAAUAUCCGGAAUACGUCAGUCAAUGGCUACAAUAUCGUUUCAAACCACUCAUUAUGGCUGAAGUUUCGAAAGAAUUUCCGAAUGUUUGGUGGAUAGAUGCACAUAGAAUCAUGAAGCAGCCAAAUGUUAUCAAGAGAUUUUCUGAGGAAGUGGCGACUAACCGAUCUUCAGACAACUUUUCUUCUAUCACAUCGUUUGGUGAUACUGGUCAUAGUAAUUUUGCGACAUUAUUUCCAGGUGAGGGUAAUUCCUUAUGA